AAAACCCUAGCUCACCCCCUCCGCUCCUCCCCGGCCCGUAUGGACUCCCCGCUCCGCCCCCCUCCCAAUUCCAAUCCCAAUCCGGAAUCCGGGAGAAACCCUAGUGUCGUCGCCAUCCCUGGAGAAAUCGACCCCUCCUCUGAAUCGCUCGCCGUCGAGCCCGGUCGCGCUUCACUCGUUGAGGAUGAAGACUAUGGAUCCAACCCAGAUGGCUCCGACCGAAAAGGUGACGACUUGGAGAUCUCUGGAGAAGGAUUCGGUGCCGGUGCCGUGAAUAUAGAAGAGUCAGGGUUUGAAAGUCUCGAAUUCGGUUCUCCCAUCGAUCGGAAGAUGGGAAAAGUUAGCUUGACGGUUCCUUCUUAUGCUACUGAUUCGAAGGAAGCCGGAGAAGUCGGCCCUUUACCUGAAUCCCUCGCCGUCGAGCCCGAUCAUUCUCUAUUGCUGGGAGUUGAAGUCUAUGGACCCAACUUGGCUAUCUCCCAUCGAAAAGGUGCCGAAUUAGAGCUCGCUGGAGAAGAAUUCGGUGCCGGCGCCGUGAAUGCAUACGGAUCGGCGUCUAAAAGCCUCGAAUUGGGCUCUUCGAUCGAUCAGAAGAUGGAAAAAGUUAGCUUGACGGAUCCUUCCUAUCCUAUUAAUUCGAAGGAGAAUGGAGAUGGAGUCCUUAUGGCUGUUGAUGCCGUUCCUUUGUAUCCCGGCGUAGAUGGAAGUGCCCAAACAUCAAAGGAGGAUGGAAACGGUGAGAUUUCUUUGUCCACCGAGUCGAAAAUGGUGGGUGAAGAUGAUGCCACUGAUAGUGACGAGGAUAGCAGUGAGACGGAAUCAGAGGAGCUAGAGAGUGAUGAUGAUUCAUUGAGUGAAGAGUCUUCUUCUUCGAGCAGCAUAGAGGAGGAUGAGGAUGGUGAUAGCCAUGUUCGUGAGGAAGAUGAAAAAGAUCGAGAGGUGGCGUUUAUUGGCAGCGAAGGUGAAGAAGAGGAUGUGAAAGGAGUCAUCAAGUCAAAAAAUGAGCUCGAGGAGCUACCUCCUGUUCCUCAAAUUGAAGUAAGCUUACAACCACGGCAUCAGUUGUUGCCAGUGGGGGCGAUCGCAUCUAUGUUUGGCACAAGAGUUAUUGUUGAGGGUUCGGUAAAUCACAACCCUCUUAAUGAGGGUUCUAUUCUUUGGAUAACAGAUACUAGGUCCCCAUUAGGACUCGUGGAUGAAAUAUUUGGACCUGUAAAGUGCCCUUACUAUGUUGUCAGAUAUAAUUCCGAUAAGGAUGUCCCACCUGGAAUCAGUGAAGGCACUGCUGUCUCGUUCGUAACAGAGUUUGCAUAUAAAAUCCUCAAUGAGAAGGACCUCUACAAGAAAGGUUAUGAUGCAUCAGGUGAGAACGAUGAGGAGGUCACUGAUGAGGUGGAGUUCUCAGAUGACGAGAAGGAAGCUCAGUACAAGAGAUCUCUAUCCCAGGAAAAGAGAGGGAUUGAUGAUAAGAGACAGGGCAAUCGACAGAAUGCCUUGAGAAAGAAAAAGACUAAAUCCAAGGGUGCUGAGCCUCGAAAGGGCUUGCGGCCUUUCCUCCCUCAUGGUCAGGCAUCUCUAGGUGCAGAUAAUUUUGCUUAUGAAAGAGGUUCAUGUUCGUUGGGAGCUGGGAAUGCAAGUGUAACUGCUCCUCCAAUAGCACCAUCUGUUCCACAGGCAAUGAAUGCAGCUGGUUGUCACACUAUCUUUCACCAGUUCUCGCAGCAGCAACCGAAUGCUAUGUGUGCUCCUGGAAUGCCACCACCGCAGCAGCCAAAUGCUUUCUGGCCUUAUGGAAUGGCACUGCCACUGCCACUGCAACAGCAGCCAAAUGAUAUUCGGUCUCCUGGAAUGCUAUCACAGCAGCAACCAAAUGCUGUUAUUGCAGGAUUUCAGAUGGAUGGCUCACCAAGCCAGCUGUUGGGAAACCAUGUCCAUCAGCAGCAGCAUCAAAAUCAGGUUUCUAGUAGCAAUAUGAAUGCGAUGCCAUCGCAGCAGCAGUUCUUUCCUUUAUUUGGAGCCACUGCCAGCGUGCCAUGGCCAUGCAGGCCAUCAAAUGUCUAUGCCGGCCGGGCUCCUGGAAUGCUAUCACAGCAGCAACCAAAUGUUGUUAUUGCAGGAUUUCAGAUGGAUGGCUCACCAAGCCAGCAGUUGGGAAACCAUGUCCCUCAGCUGCAUCAAAAUCAGGUUUCUAGUAGUAAUAUGAAUGCGAUGCCAUCGCAGCAGCAGCAGUUCUUUCCUUUAUUUGGAGCCACCGCCAGCUUUUCAUGGCCAUUCAGGCCAUCAAAUGUCUAUGCCGGUCCGGUGGCACCUGGGCUGGUGGCACCGGUUGGCGUCAGUCAAGCACCAUCUGGGCAAGGCAAUAUAUCUAUGCAAAGAAGUUCGGUGCUACGUAGAGAGCAGAGUAACCAACAAAUUUCACCAGCCAUUGUUCAAGCUGGGAUGUCGCCUGGAGUUCAAUUCAAUCUAGGGAGUCCAUCCGAUCGUGGAACAAAGCUUUAUGUGCGUGGAAAAAGUGGCAGAAGUAGGCGAAGAGGGUAGAUUUUGUUCUUCCUUUUUUUUUCCCCCAGUCUGAAUGUAUUUUGAACAGAUAGAUGGCAGAGAGCUUUACCUUAUGUGAUGUAUUUUCUUCCAUCUUGAACAUGUAGAUGGUUUAAAACUUUGCCAUCAUAUGCAGCCUCUCGAACAUAACCCCUCUAUUUUGAAUAUUAUUUAUUAUAUGGGGUAUGCUACGUUACAUAUUAAA